CGGAAUUCGAAUUUGUCCCCCCUUCCCGUUGUUCUUGCCCUUGUCCUCAUAUUUAAUCUGAAUCGAUACCGAGUCCAUAAAUUCAAGUCGGGAGAUAAUCGCAAGGCACAGGCUGGCACGGGCAGAGGCAAUGAACGCUGGAACGUUCCUUGGACUUGGCCCAACGGACUUGUCCCCGUCAGGUCCGGAGAGACGGAGAUGGUUUCCGCGGAUUACGCCCUUGGAAGUCAACGGUUUUAUGUAAGCGUCAUGGGUUGAGAUUUCAGUUCCAAGAUGCCUGAACGGCAGACUUAUCACGGAUAGAGCACCCCC